GCCUACAAAGUGUUAGGAUCUACAGGGCAGUUUGGAUUCAUCACAUCAAUGAGCGAGCAUUUCUGUGCGACAUGUAAUCGUUUGCGCAUAACCGCCGAUGGAAAUCUGAAGGUUUGUCUCCAUGGCAAUGCAGAAGUGAGUAUGCGAGAACUUCUGCGAAGCGGUGCUUCGGAGAAGGAGAUUUCCGAAGUGAUACAGAAGGCGGUGUGGCGCAAAAAGAAACAACAUGCGGGUAAGCAGAACGAAUUUUUGUCAAAUAGUCCAUCUAAGGAUGAUUAA